AUGGGAAGGGCUAGAGAAGGGACCAUAGGACAGAAUAGGGAGCAAGCGAGCGGUGUAGGACAUAUCGGACAGCACGAAUAUCAAUACCGAGGACCAGCUCCACCAAAUUCGCAUAAUCAAUCAAUCUCCUCUCCCAGUAGAAGCUGGAAUAUUUUUAGAUCUCGUCAUACUCGAUAUGGAGAUCCUACUCCCCCUCUUCAUCAUAGUCCGUCUACUUCUCGCGAUUCGUCUCUUCCUCCUCGCUACCUUUCUCCUCCACCUUACGGUACUCCUUACGAGGCUUCCUCUCCUCUUUUCGAGCAUGGUCGCAGAUCUACAUCUUCAAGGUCUGGAAGUGUCGGAUUAGUCCCCGGUAGUCAGCACAACAUAGCGACAGUGAGGCAUGCAGACGCAGGCUCAAGACGACAAACUGCAGCAAGUAGACUUUCUGAGAAUCAACCGAUGAUACAAGCUUUCAUUCCUAUACAUCAAGAGAAGCCCUUCUGUCUCCUCAUACAUCACGCGAAAGGAGGUCCCAUUCUUCUCGUACAUCAGCAAGGAGACAAAGUCAUCGUUCUUCUUAUGGAUCACCGGAGAGACCCCAUACUUCUUCUUCAAGAGCUGGUGGAAGUGGCUAUUCGUCUUGAUGUAUCUGGGGAAUUCUCCAUUCUAAACACGAUUGAAGUGGCAUUCAAUAAAACAUUCCGAAACCAUGCCUCUGGAAAGCAACAGUCUGGAAAUGGUGAACCGCUUCUUGCAGGGUCUGAAUAG